GGGUGGGAGUCUCUUGGGGAAAGGAGGACAGACCUGUACUUCUGGGAGAAUGGGAGAAGUUGGAUGGAUAGUGGUGUUUGUGAUGACUUUCAUCAGCUGCAACGCCUUCCUGGAUCUGUCUACUGUCCACCAGGUCACGGGCACUUGGAUGGCAUCCACCACUCUCCCAUGUACCUAUGUGCCUACAGAAGAUUUCACCCAGCAAACGCUCAGCUGGAGCGUGGAUCAGGGCUCCGGCACCUCCACCAUCUUCCACAGGGACGGCACUGGUGACCACAUCCUGCUCUCCAAAUUCCGAGGCCGAGUCAGCGUCCCAAAGCACAACCCAGGGGAUGCCUCGCUUCUCAUUCAGAACCUUGAAAUGCCUGACAGUGGACACUACACUUGUCAAAUCGUCUGGAGGUCCAGAGAUAACAGCUUGAUAACAAAAGAGGUGACCACUAUAGUUAAAGUUGUCAAAGUGGCAGCCACCAAGCCCAUCAUCAGAGCGGCGGAGCCGGGGCUGACGCUGCCGGCCGGGGCCAGCACCAGCCUGAGCUGCGAGGCCGGCGGCUCCCCUCCCAUCAGCUACCGCUGGUUCCGCCGCGGCCCGGCGGGCACGGCCGAACUCCUGCGCAGCGGGGCCGAGCUGGCCUGGCGCAGCCUGCGGGCCUCGGACAGCGGCACGUACUUCUGCGAGGCGCACAACAGGGCCGGGGCCGGCGCCGUGCAGCGCAGCGAUGCCGUGCGACUGACGGUCACAGAUGUGCCCACAACAACAGCAGCCUUGCAGAGGAAUGUGGGAACCACGGGGGGACUCCACUCAACCACAGAUGUGCCCACAACAACAGCAGCCUUGCAGAGGAAUGUGGGAACCAUGGGGCAACACCACUCAACCACCAGUCAGGAAGACAGUAGUGACAUGGAGCACACAGUGACAGAUCCAGUCCCAACCACACGGGUCUCCAGGAUGGAUUCUGCUCCAGUGGGGCCUGUCACAGACACAGGUUCCCAGCGGCUCGCCCCGUCCCCGCUGCUGUACGGGCUGCCGGCCGCGCUGGGCGGCGCCGCGCUGGGCGCGCUGCUGGCGGCCGCGCUGGGCUGCUGGCGGCGGCGGCGGAGGAAGGACGGUGAGCAGCGACAAACCCAGUCGGGACGGGCGGUGGGACAGCUCCGGGAGGAGGGGACGGGUGGGAGGGACAGUCCCAUCCCCAUCACUCCCAUCCCCAUCAUUCCCAUCCCCAUCACUCCCAUCCCCAUCGCUCCCAUCUCCAUCACUCCCAUCUCCAUCAUUCCCAUCCCCAUCACUCCCAUCCCCAUCGCUCCCAUCUCCAUCGCUCCCAUCUCCAUCAUUCCCAUCCCCAUCAUUCCCAUCUCCAUCGCUCCCAUCUCCAUCGCUCCCAUCUCCAUCACUCCCAUCCCCAUCGCUCCCAUCCCCAUCAUUCCCAUCUCCAUCGCUCCCAUCCCCAUCGCUCCCAUCCCCAUCACUCCCAUCCCCAUCGCUCCCAUCUCCAUCGCUCCCAUCCCCAUCAUUGCCAUCCCGGGUUGA